AGAGAAAGAGAGAGAUAGAGAGAAGCCAGGAAGAUACUUUUUGAAUAUCUUCCACCAGCAUUGUCUGUCCUUCUUUCAAUGCUUUCUUCACAAAACCCAAUUUCACAACUGUUCAAGCUUUGAUCUUGAAAGAAUAACCUUCUCCAUAGCUCCACAAAGAGAUGGCAGAUGAUGGGUUAGUAAAUAAUGAUCAUGGGGAGUCGAUUCGGAGAGUGGUUUUCCUAUCUGCUGGUGCUAGUCAUUCUGUUGCUCUCCUUUCUGGGAAUAUUGUAUGUUCUUGGGGUCGAGGAGAAGAUGGACAAUUGGGACAUGGUGAUGCUGAAGAUAGAUUGUUGCCUACUCAAUUGAGUGCAUUAGAUGGUCAUGAGAUUAUAUCUAUUAUCUGUGGAGCUGAUCAUACUAUUGCUCUUUCUCAAUCAAACAAACAAGUUUACAGUUGGGGAUGGGGUGAUUUCGGGAGGCUUGGGCAUGGGAAUUCUAGUGAUUUGUUUAUUCCUCAGCCGAUUAAAGCAUUACAAGGGUCAAGGAUUUUGCAGAUUGCUUGUGGUGAUAGCCAUUGUUUGGCUGUCACCGAUGAAGGCGAAGUACAAAGUUGGGGGAGAAAUCAAAAUGGUCAACUUGGUCUUGGUACGACAGAGGACUCACUUGUUCCACAGAAAAUCGAGGCCUUCAAGGGGAUACGGGUGAAAAUGGUUGCUGCAGGUGCUGAGCAUACUGCUGCUGUUACUGAGGAUGGUAAUCUUUAUGGAUGGGGCUGGGGAAGAUAUGGAAACUUGGGUUUAGGCGACAGAGCUGACCGUUUAGUUCCAAACAAAGUUUCAAAUGUCAAUAAUGAGGAGAAGAUGGUAAAGGUGGCAUGUGGGUGGAGGCACACAAUAUCAGUCACUUCUUCGGGUGGUUUAUACACUUACGGGUGGAGUAAAUAUGGCCAGCUUGGUCAUGGAGAUUUUCAAGACCAUCUUGUACCCAAUAGGCUCCAAGCUUUGCAAGGCCAUUUCAUUUCCGAGAUAUCAGGCGGUUGGAGACACACGAUGGCAUUAACAUCUAAUGGAGAAUUAUACGGUUGGGGAUGGAAUAAGUUUGGACAGGUUGGUGUUGGGGACAAUGUGGAUCAUUGCUCUCCAGUUCAAGUUAGAUUUCCACGAGAACAGAAAGUUGUUGGGAUUUCUUGUGGAUGGAGACAUACUCUUGCGGUUACUGAAACCCAUAAUGUCUUUUCAUGGGGAAGAGGAACAAAUGGACAGCUUGGACUUGGAGAAUCUGUUGACAGAAACAUCCCAAAGAUCAUAGAGCCACUGAGCGUUGAUGGGUCUAACGGGCUGCAGAUUGAAUCAGCCAAUGUGGAACUGAUACCAGGGAAAACUUGGGUCUCGCCAACCCAGAGAUAUGCUGUUGUUCCUGACGAUAAUGCCCCGCAUCAAAUCGUUGCUCCAUCCACAAGUGUCGAUGGAAAUGAUGCAAGUGUACCUGGGAAUGAUGUCAAAAGGAUACGCCUUUGAAAUACUCAAGAUUCAGUAUGUAGAGAUUUUCCACUUUUUUGAAUUGUCUGCGCGAUGUUAUGACUAUUCUGCAAGUUUGCUUAUGCUCUCGUCGUGUUCUUGCACAUUUAUUGAUCUUUGUCUGGACUCGGUUAGGUCAUUAUCGAAUGAAAAACUAGCUCAAAAUGCA